AUGGAGCGCACCAACCGAGCCAAAGAAGUGGAUGCUGAGGUUGGCGAGUUGGGAGAUCGCAACAAAAUUUGGCAGAAGGAGACGCUGAAGGUAGACCCGGAGUUUUUCACCCGAAUUGGACAGGGCCAAGCUCCCAAGUACCUCUGGAUCGGAUGUGCGGAUAGCCGCGUAGCUGCCGAGAACCUGAUCGGUGGAAAGCCUGGAGAGUUGUUCACACACCGUAACAUCGCAAACAUGGUUGUGUCGACUGACACAAACAUGCGGUCGGUACUCCAGUACGCCGUGGACUAUCUCCAAGUCCGGCAUGUCAUUGUCUGUGGCCACUACGACUGCGGUGGCAUCAAAGCAGCCUGUUCCGUGAAAGACCACGAUCUUCCUCUGGAGAGUUGGCUGUCAUCAAUUCGCGACGUCUACCGCCUGCACAAGGAUGAGCUAGAAGCAAUUGACUGUGACCAAGAGCGACACAAGCGCAUGGUGGAGCUGAACGUGAUCGAGCAGUGCCUCAACCUCUUCAAGACCAGCGACAUUCAGCGUCGACGCAGAUAUACCGCAUCGCGCCCGGAUGAGUUUCCUUGCGCGCUGCCCCGUAUUCAUGCUAUGGUCUUCUCCCCAGCAGAUGGGAUUCUGCGCCGGCUGAAUGUCGACUACAGAAAACACUUGGGCGACGCUAUCAGCAUCUACCAUUUGUACGACGAUCCGCUCUUGGAUGAUGAGGUCAUUUGA